UUUACUUUAAUUAUAAUUGAUUUUUUUUAAUUUCAGUUAAAUUAUGUUUAAACAGAAUUUAUUAAAAAAGAAGAUGUAUAUUUCUAAAUUUUCUUCUUUUUUAACAUUUUUACUAAUUCCUUCUUUUUAACUUUCAUUCUAUAUAUGAGAAAAUACCAAAAUGAUAUCCAGAAACGCAAAAAUUUCUAAAGAAUAACCAAAAUAUAGAUAGAAACUAAAAAAAUUAAUAAUGUACUCUCUAUUCUUCUCCCCAAAUUCAUCCGAGAAGUCAUAGACGAAAAAGGUCCAGAAUAUUAAGAAGACUAAGGAAAUGUGGCUAUUUUAUUUUGUGAUAUAUAUGACUUCGAUUCAAUAAUAUAGGCCGAAAAAGGCAAUAUUAUUAAAAUUUUAGAUAAACUUUAUAGAUCUUUCGAUAAUAUAUGUAAUCAAAACAACAUCUAAAAAAUAGAGACUGUAGGAAAAACAUACAUGGCGGCUUCUGGUUUGAAAAGAAUUUUUAAAAAUAACUAAAAUUAAUAAAAUUACAUCCAAAAAAACAUGCAUCCAGUCAUAAAAUGUAUACUUAUGGCAAACGAAAUGUUAAACCAGGCAAAAAAAAUAACUUUUGGUUAGAAUUUCAAUAAUAUAUAAAUUAAAAUAGGAAUUCAUUAUGGGUAAGUAAUAGCAGGAGUAAUAGGUGGACAUAAACCAUAAUUUUCAUUAAUUGGAGAUACUGUAAAUACGGCUUCAAGAGUAUGUUUUAAUGGAGAAAUUGAUUGUAUAACAAUUUCUAAGGAAGCUUUUGAAGAUUACUUUUUUUAUGAAAUAUUUUAAUUUAAUAUUGGCUUUGUCGAAAAAAUAAUAAAAGCGAAAGGUAAAGGAGAAUUAAAAACUUAUUAAGUACAAUUUAAGAGUAUUAAAAAGAAAAUUCCUUUAAAUAUGAGAAAAACUGCUGAAUAAUUAAUUUCAAAAGGUGAAUAAUCUAUUUCAGCUGUUUGUAUUUUUAAUUAUGUUAAUUAAGAUACAAAUAGGUUAAAAGUAACAUCUUUCAAUGAAAAAAAUAAUACAUUUUUAAAUCCAAUUGAUUCCCCAAUUAAUUAAAAAAAUUCUAAUUUUUAUAUUUUAAAAUAAGAAUAAGUAUCAAUUAAAGAUGAAAAAAGUGAAUUUAUAGUGAUUAGUAAUGAUGAUAAUUCAUAAUAAUAAGAAGCUAUAAAACCAUUAAUAUUAUCAUAUGUAAAAACUAAUAUAUAUAUAUAUAUAUAUAUAUAUAUAUAUAUAUAUAUAUAUAUAUAUAUAUAUAAUUUAUAAUACAAAUAUAAUUAUAUAAUAAAGGCAGAUAUUGUUAUAAUUAAACAGCUAGAAGAAGAAAUAGGUAUAAGUACUUAAAUAGAAUAAUAAUAUGACCUUUAAGAUGAUUAAUUAGAUAUUGAAAAAAUUCAUUAACAUUUUUUAGAUAUGGCUAAUGAUUGUAUAAAUAUAAACAAUUAAUAAAAAAAUUUCGAAAAAAAAAUAAAUAUUUUUUAACUUCUAAAAAGUGAAUAUAAUGGUUUAUAUGAUAAUUUUUAUGAAGAUGAAACUUUUUAAAUAAAUUAAAAUAUAACAAUAUAUAAUUCUAUUAUUAUAAUUAAAAAUAUCGUUGAGGUUUUCUUAAAUAAAUUGAUGAAUCCAAACACAAUAUUCAUUAAUUAAAAUCUACAAAUAAUAAAUAAAUCAAUUAUAAUAGGAAUUUUCUUUAUAAUACUUGUUUGUUACAAAUUAUUUAUAAAAAGAAGCUAAAAACUUGUUAAAAUAAUAAUUUCCAGUAUUCAUUGUAUUUAUAUUUUAAGUAUAGCAAUAGAAGGAUAUUUCUAUUUGAUCAAUUAAACUAAAAAUUUAAUCAUUAAAAUGUAUUUACAAACAACUCUUUUUAUAUUUAUUUUAAUGAUUCAAUAUAAAUGUUUUUAUUUAUAUGAAAAAAUCCUCUUAGCUUUUAUACUUUUUAUAUUAUAUUUAUGUUUUACAAUUGUGAAUGAUAUAGUUUUUUUAGAAUCGUUCUAUAUAUUUUUUGCUAUACUUAUAUCUUCAUUAUAUCUACAAAUUAUAUACUUAGAAUUAGACAUAUGUAGUUAUAAAAACCGCAAAGUGCUUGAUUUAAAAAUGAAUUAAUAAAACUAAUUACUUGAAUAUUUACUUCCAGGACAUAUAAGGGAUUAAUUCUUAGAAAAUCAAUCCAAAUCUAUAAAUUUAAUUGAUAAUUUCGACAAUGUAACUAUUUUAUAUGCCGACAUUGCAGGAUUUACUAAAUAUUCUGCUAGUGUAAAGCCUGAGUAAGUUGUUUUUAUGUUAAGGGAGUUAUUUACUAAAUUUGACUAAAAAUGCUAAUAAAAUAAAGUAUAUAAAUUAUAUACUAUAGGAGACUGUUAUGUCAUUAUGAGCUUAAUAUCUAAUAUUAAUAGAAAUUAUGUUUAAGAAGCUAUAAAUGUUAUUAAUUUUGCGUUUUGUUUAAUUGAUAUUAUUUAAUAAGUAAGAGAAAUCAUUAAUUUUGAAGAAUUAGAUAUGAGAAUUGGUAUACAUACAGGAUCUAUUAUUGGAGGUGUUGUAGGUACAGGUGUUGUGAGGUAUGAUAUAUAUGGACCUGAUGUUGUUAUAGCAAAUAAAAUGGAAAGUAAUGGUUAAAAAAGUCGUGUUAUGAUUAGUGAAAGCACUUAUUAAUUAAUAAAUGAUUAGUGUUAAGAUUUAUUUUUGUUUGAAGAUGAAAACGAUAUAUAUAUAACGUCUUUAAAAAGAACAAUAAAAGCGUAUUUUGUUAGAUAAAUAGAUUAAUAAAAAUCUAAAGUAAGUAGUUAUUAAUGA